AUGCAAUUUUCCACCCUCACUGUUGGCCUCGCUGCCCUACUCAUGGCCGCUGUUCCUGCCAUUUCCGCUCCCCAGAGUGGCGGCGAGUUUGACGAUGCUGAAUUCAUGCUUCCUGAUGUUCCCUCCGAAGUUUCCAACAUGUUCACGCCCCCCGAGGGCAUGAAGAUCAUCACCGACACUACGCUUCCACAGAUGACCGAAGGGCUUGCUAGUGUGUUGAUGACUAUGGUCACUGCCAUCGGUGCCACCACUACUCAACCUCCUGCUAUGAUGCUGCCAACCUCCACUGGGAAUGUGGUACCGGAGCAUGAUCAUGAUCAUGAUCUUGACAACAUCGAAGACAUGGAAGACAUCGAGGACAUUGCCCUGCCAACUGAACUUGUUUCUCUUCCAGUCUUCACUUACACCUCGAGUGCUGCUACCGAGACUGCUUCUUCCAUCAUUACUAUUCCAACAUCCAUCAAUGCUACCGCUACCGGCAAUGGUACUCAUACCAUAGCGAUGCCCACCGCUCUUGCCAAUUCCGCCAGCGGUGUCCAACCUCUCCUUCUCUCCGCUAUUGCUCUCUUCGCUCUUGGUAUUGCGAUUUUGGCGUUGUAG